AUGGGUACAAAGCGCUCCUGGGAAGGGCAAGCUGUCAUCAAAAUGGACUCUACAGAGUCAGCGAGUUCGACCCUCUCAAUCUUCGAGAACUUCCGUGACGAACUCGAUGAGCAUCAUGACCGCCGUGAGCGCAUCAUCAAGGCUAGUCGCGACAUCACCGCGCUCAGCAAGAAAAUAAUCUUCGCUUUACAGCGCGUCCGCACUACAAACCAACCCAUCCCACCCAAUAUCACAAAAGAGAACGACACCCGUCUCGAACAGAUCCACAAGCACUUUGCCUCUAUUGUCGCCGACCUCAUCGGUAUCAAGUCCUGGCGUUACCAGCGCCAAAUCAGUGGCGGUGUCCAAGAGUUCAUCGAGGCGAUCUCAUUCGACCACUACCUCCGAACCGAGACAUUGAUCACCCAUGCCGAAGUCGCAUCCCGGUUGCCCGGAAUCUUGGUGACGGAGGAAGAUUACUUGAUGGGCAUUUUCGAUCUUACGGGUGAAAUGAUGCGAUUUGCUGUGACGGCUCUGAGCUCAGGGAAGGUGACACCUACGGACGCUGCCAAAGCCGGUGUCCUCGUUGAUCUUCGUGUUAUUCGUGCACGAUGCGAGGCGCUGAGUGUUUCGGGGCGGCACCGCGCAUUCAUGUAUAAGGACCUUUCUAAGAAGAAGGAGGUUAUGCAGAACAGUGUUGAAAAGGUGGAGCGUGCUGCUUACGGUAUUCUGGUGCGUGGUAGCGAGCGGCCGAGUGGAUGGACUCCGGAUUUGUCGGGGCCGGUGGAAGUUGAGAUUCAUUGA